AUGGGUUCCAGAUUUCCUUCCCAUCAGCUCAGCAAUGGCUUAUAUGUUUCUGGUCGACCUGAGCAACCAAAAGAGAAGCCUAUUAUAAUGAGCUCAACAGCCAUGCCCUACACAGGUGGAGAUAUAAAAAAAUCUGGGGAACUAGGGAAGAUGUUUGACAUUCCUAUGGAUGGCUCAAAGUCGAGAAAAUCUGGGCCAAUAACAAAUGCUCCUACAAGAUCAGGGUCAUUUGGAGGUACUGCAUCAAGUGGGGGACCUACUACUGCAGGUCGUUCUAGUUAUUCUUCUGGUCCUGUUUCAUCUGCAGGAGGUCCAAUGUCUGGUCCAAGUAGGCAGAAAUCUAGUUCUGGACCUCUAAACAGACACGGUGAUUCCAUCAAGAAGUCCUCUGGUCCUCAGUCUGGAGCUGUCACUCCCAUGGCUCGCCAAAACUCUGGUCCUCUGGCACCUGUGCUCCCAGCAACAGGCCUCAUCACUUCUGGGCCUAUUUCCUCUGGACCACUAAAUUCAUCUGGUGCUCCAAGGAAAGCCUCUGGUCCGUUGGAUUCUGCUGGAUCACUCAAGUUACAUAGUAUGUCUUUUGCUCACAACCAGGCGGUGACCAAUCUGAGCCAGGUGGAAGAAUAUUCAUUCAAGAAUAGUGUUCCAAAGUUGAUGUUGUAUGCUGUGAUUCUGCUUUUCGUGAUGGGUUUCAUAGCUGGAGGCUUCAUACUUGCAGCAGUGCACAAUGCAAUUCUUCUGAUUGUAGUUGUAGUUCUCUUUAGUUUUGUUGCUGCUCUUUUCACGUGGAACUCUUGCUGCGGAAGGAAAGCUGUAACGGGUUUCGUCUCACGCUAUCCAGAUGCUGAGUUGAGAACUGCAAAGAAUGGACAAUACGUUAAAGUCUCUGGGGUAUGGAGCUUCUCUUACAUAAUUUUAGAAAGUUUUUUGUAUCUAAUGACCUGCUCCAUUUUUGAAAACUAGGGCGUGUUUGACAAUUGAUCUCCAGCUGUUUGUUUCUAUGGAUCAUAUUGAUGCAGCUUUCUCGGUUUAGUUUCACACUGCUGCAUCUUUUUUUUUGUAUUUUGUGAUUGAAUCACUCUUAGGCAUGCUGAGGAUAUAGGAUUCUUUAAUGCAUUCUUUGUUCGGCUCUUGUUAGGUUGUUACGAUGGUAUAUCACAUCGUCCUCAUCUAUUUUCUCCUGUACUUUUCCAGUUGAUCUUUGUUUAUUUUUCAUCUCUCUUCAAAGAAGAAACCAAAGAAGAUAAUAUUAAAAACCUUUACGAACUCUACUCUUUUGAAGCAUUGUAGUAUGAUAUUUUUAUUAUUUUGUUUGAUGAAAACGUACGGAUACGGAAUUUCAUGCAUGCACGUUGGAGCUAUCUUCUCUGUUGCUCUAUACUCUCUGGCAUUUCAUAUGGUUCAGUAAUUUCAUUCAACGAACAUUUCAUAUUCAUGUUGUAAAAUUCGAAAUUUCUGGAUCAUUUUUUCUUUGGCAGUCUUGAUUGAUGCACUUGAUUUUUUCUUCAGGUGGUUACAUGCGGAAAUGUUCCACUUGAAUCGUCAUUUCAAAAAAUUCCUAGAUGUGUUUACACAUCUACAAGCUUAUAUGAGUACAGAGGCUGGGGUUCAAAAGCAGCUAACUCCACUCAUCGGCGUUUUACUUGGGGACUCAGAUCACUGGAGGUCAGCACAGAAAGUCGUCUCCUUUUUUUCACGAGGAAAUUGACCCCUGAUGUGGAAAGCUUAUUUUACUUGAUUUUCCUUAAUUGGUUGCAGAGUAAUUAACCCUGAGCUUCUCGUACUUUUUGUGAGCUUUUUUGUUUGGGGUUUUCACUUAUCGGCAGCUUAAUAAAUUUGUAUAAUCAAUUUUGUUUUUCUCUUGAACGUCAUUUUCAUUAUUUUUGCCAAUUUUCUUCAUAGUUCAAUUCUGUUUUGACCAGUAGGGGCAAGUAAAGCAUGAUUUUCUUUGUUCGGGAAACAAUAUCUUAGUCUAGUAAUCUGAUGUUCGGUGAUUGAAUCGCUGAUAUCCAUCCUAUAACAUUGUAAGAGAUACCAAGUUUUGAUGUAUCAUCUAUGUGCGCUGACUAUACCAAGGCCAACACUUUUCUGAGACAUGAGUACAUUCUCAGAGUUUUGACCAUCUGUUGUAGAAAUUUACGCUCAAUCCUUUUCUAUUCAAUAGAAGGAUGGGCCACGGGUGCACUGCAAUCAUUAUUUCUCUAUUGUUCUCAGAUUAAUUCAAUCGCAGCUGGGAAAAUCUUCUGAUCAGGGCUUGAGUUUUCCUUGAUUUCCGCCCUUGUUUCCAGUCUUUGAAGCGUUAUUUCCUCGGUCCAUAGCUGAUGUUCUGCCGUGUUGGCUAUGCAGAGACACGUCGUUGACUUUUACAUUUCAGAUUUCCAGUCCGGGUUAAGAGCCUUGGUAAAAACAGGGUACGGCGCCAAGGUGACCCCUUAUGUGGACGAGUCCACUGUCGUUGACAUCAACCCAGAUAACAAGGACUUAUCGACUGACUUCCUUAGAUGGUUGAGGGAGAGAAACCUUUCCAGUGAUGAUCGCAUCAUGCGCAUGAAAGAAGGGUAACUAUAACCUCCCCUUACUAAUGUUUAUAUACAUGUAUUAAUUUCUUAAACUCACCCUUGUGGUUGACAUUUCCGAUGAGUUCAUCUUGUGGGCCCCACUUGCAUACCAUGCAGUCGAUAUCCACGUUUAUUUCCCCAGGAAGCUACUUCGUCCUAGUUAGCUCACACUUGAACGGCGCCCUCCCCCUCCCAGGUACAUCAAAGAAGGCAGCACGGUGAGCGUGAUGGGUGUCGUCCAGAGAAAUGAGAAUGUGCUCAUGAUUGUGCCCCCUCCGGAGCCUGUCUCCACUGGGUGCCUCUGGUCAAAGUGCUUCCUCCCAGCGAGUCUUGACGGCGUGGUUCUCAGGUGUGAAGACACGUCAAAGGUCGACGUCAUCCCUGUCUAG